AUGGUUGUAUGGGGCAAAAUCGGUGUGCAGGUCGUCGAAGCUGCGUCGGACUUGUUUGAGAAGAGCAAGCGGUCACUCGUUGGAGAUGGUUCGUACCCUGGGUUCGUGCGUGCGGUGCUUGCACAGGUGCCCGAGGCGCUGCAAAGUUCCGAUCCAGAGGAAUGUGGGUAUGUGAUAUAUGCACAGACGGGGGCGACGGUACAGCGUCGCGUCGCAGAUAUUAUGCCCGGCGACGUGAUCAUGUUCUGGGAUGCGAAACUGAAAGGACAUAAAAAUCUGCAUGCCUACAGCCAGACUGUCGGCAUGGGAGAGGGAUGGAGCAGUAAGGUGAGAGUGUGGCAGGCUAACCAACACGUCGGCCAACAGAGCGUGGAGAUUGUGAGUUAUCGGCUGGAGGAUCUCAAGAGUGGACAGGUCAAGAUAUUCCGUGUACUCGAAAAAGCCACAUAA